AGAGCAGCAAAAGAUGCCAUUUUCAUUCAACAUACUGAAAGGAUUCUCUACAUUGCACGUGGAUUAUAAAACAUUCACCGGGCAAUUAAGCGUUUUUCAUUUUUCGUUUCACUUUUUCCAGUCUCUUGUAUUUAUAAUUAAAUAGAAUUCUUUCGUUAUUUGGGAAGCACAUUAAUUAUACAUUUUAUUUCGUAUUUCUCAUAGAUUUGACAUCAGGAAUGAGUAUAGAAAUUCCUGAAGGAUUGACGGAGCUGUUGCAGAGCUUUACCGUGGAAGUGUUACGGAAUCAGCCGGGAGAUUUGCUCGAGUUCGCGUUGCAGUAUUUCACCCAACUGAAGGACAGUGAGACUACCGGGGCCGCGUUCGGCAAUGACCAACAUUCGGCUUCGCGACCCAGUGGGAAAGCGGUCAAUUUCAACGACGAAGCCAUGCAGAUCGAUUCUGAAAAUGGAGAGGAAGAGGAGAGUGACGAAGAGGAAUUCAUUGCUCCAGUGAUGAGUCGAUUCAUUAGAAGAGCAUCAGUUUGUGCCGAGGCGUUCAACCCUGAUGAAGACGAGGAAGACAAAGAAGAGAGGGUCACCCAUCCUAAAACAGACGAACAGAGACAGAGACUACAGGAGGCUUGCAGAGACAUUCUGCUGUUCAAAAACCUGGACCCGGAACAAUUUUCCCAAGUACUGGACGCCAUGUUUGAGAAGUUCCUUGAAGUAGGAGAACACAUCAUAGAUGAAGACGACGAUGGCGACAAUUUCUACGUCAUUGAAAGAGGGACCUUUGACAUCUAUAUGAGGGUUGAUGGUGUAGAGAAGACCGUGGGAGCCUAUGAUAACAAGGGGAGCUUUGGGGAGCUGGCCCUGAUGUACAACACCCCCAGGGCUGCUACCAUCAUCUCCACCUCGCCCGGAGCCCUCUGGUGCCUGGAUCGUCUGACAUUCAGGAGGAUCAUCGUGAAGAACAACGCGUUGAAGAGGAGACUGUACGAGGAGUUCAUUGAAUCACUUCCACUGUUAACAUCAUUAGAGCUUUCAGAGAGAAUGAAGGUGGUGGAUGUGUUGUCUUCUAGAGCCUUCUGCGAUGGAGAACAGAUUAUCUCUCAGGGCGAUCUAGCAGAUUGUUUUUAUAUAGUUGAAUCUGGUCAAGUUAGAAUCACCAUGAAGAGAACCAGGACGAAAAAGGACCAAGAGGAUGUGGAUAUAGCUACAUGCUCCAGGGGGCAGUACUUUGGAGAACUGGCCCUCGUCACCAACAAACCCAGAGCUGCUUCAGCUUAUGCUGUGGGAAGUGUCAAGUGUUUAGUUAUGGACGUGCAGGCGUUUGAGAGGUUGCUGGGCCCCUGCAUGGACAUCAUGAAGAGAAACAUUGCAAAUUACGAAGAGCAGCUGGUUACUCUGUUUGAAUGUAGCACCACUGACAUUGAGGAGAUAAACCCAUGAAAACCAGAAGGGGGAAAAAGACAGUGAGAUGCAUGAUGACGAUGUCAUAAAUUGGUUAGUGGGAAGUGGGAAAAGUCUUGUCACUUUGUGUGUAACUUUUCCAUGAUCUACCUUUGUCAAGUAUUGUUUUCUUUCACAAAAUAGGAAACUGGGUAUGUUAGAUAGGUACAGGAUCGAUUCCAGAUAACAUACAAUGGUUUUUGAAGGAUCGUUGACUUAGGAGUAAUAUUUUUUAUUGAAGCUAAGAUAUCUGUGUUAUUCCAAAACGUAAAUGUUCACAAGUUCUGUCCUCACAACUUUCCUUUUUUGAUUUAUUUUAUUUUAUUUUAUUUUUUUUACAAAUGUACAUUUUAUUGAAUUUAUCAAAGACAUUUUAAGUCACUUGUUUUGUAUAUUAUUGAUCACUAUUAUGUUAUGUAAAAUAUAAAUUGGCCUUUUCAGAUUCUCUGAUAAUGUCAUAUUUCUUCUAAAAUUUUGUGCCAAAGGUCAUUACAUCCUUACUAGAUUAUGAGCGUGUACACAAAUCACCAAUAUCCAUACCUUGCACAUUAAAGUGUUCAUAAUUUGA